AUGGGUGUCGGUCGUCGCAUGAGAAAGCAGGGUCCCCCUGCGACGCUCGAAGAGUUAGGCAUCAACCUGAAGCGAAAGUCAAAUACAGACGGCCCCAGAGAACCUGCAAAGAAAAGACGGCGCUCUGACUCGCAUGCCGCAAAGAAGUUAGUCAAGCUUGACCGAGCUCUUCGCAAUGAUGAAGAAACGGCAGCGGCCAAGGGGUCUGCCGCCAGUGACAAGGAAAAAAGGAAGAAGCCGAGGGUGAUCAACAAGGACGCUCAGAUCACAGUACCACCCGUCAUGCCGAUGCUGGCUGAUGAGGAGGACGAUGAAGAUGAAGACAACGACGCCGUUGAUAUCCCUCUAGACGAGGCUUCCCUGUCAGGGCUUGAGGACGACGAAAUUGCAGAGGCGGACCUCGACCAAGAAGUCUCUGAUGACUCCGUCUUUGACUCUGACCCAGACGAGCAACCUCGACGCAUGUUCUCCGAGGAUGAAGACGAAUCCGACGCCGAAGCGAAACUCACCGCCGCAAACAUCGAAGGGCUCUCCAGGAAACUCGACCAGCAACAGGCCGAAGUCGAGGCCGAGGCCCAGCAAGAAUUGGAAGAUGCAGCAUUGCAGACAAACAUUGCAAAAGACGAGGGCGUGUUAGAUUCUGUGGACGCCCAGGGCCUUGCACCAGAUCUAGCUCUCGUCCGGAAUCGCAUGACCGAGACGAUACGCAUUCUCGGGAAUUUUUCGCAGCUGGCAGACAAGACGAAGUCGCGGACAGAGUACGUGGACCAGCUUCUGUCCGAUAUCUGCAUCUACUACGGCUAUACUCCGUAUCUGGCCGAGAAGCUGUUCUCGCUCUUCACUCCUGCAGAAGCGUUCGCCUUCUUCGAGGCCAACGAGACGCCUCGACCCGUGGUCCUUCGGACCAACACUCUACGCACCAACCGACGCACUCUGGCUCAAGCACUGAUCAACCGGGGCGUCGUUCUGGAACCGGUGGGGAAAUGGUCCAAGGUUGGGCUCCAGGUGUUCGAAGCGCCUGUGCCGUUGGGUGCUACACCAGAGUAUCUUGCAGGACACUACAUCUUACAGGCGGCUUCUUCGUUCCUGCCCGUCAUGGCAUUGGCACCCCAGCCGAACGAGCGAGUGCUGGAUAUGGCUGCAGCUCCCGGUGGGAAAACGACCUACAUCUCCGCGCUGAUGCGCAAUACUGGAGUCGUCUUCGCCAACGACGCCAACAAGCAGCGUGCCAAGGGUCUGAUCGGCAACAUCCACCGUCUUGGAUGCAAGAACACCAUCGUGUGCCACUACGAUGCGCAAAAGGCUUUUCCCAAAGUCCUGGGCGGCUUUGACCGGGUCUUGCUCGACGCACCCUGUUCAGGCACGGGGGUCAUUGGCAAGGAUCCGAGCGUCAAGACUUCCAAGAACGAGCGCGAUUUUUUGGCUCUGCCGCAUAUGCAGAAACAGCUGCUGCUCGCGGCCAUCGACUCCACCGACCACAGCAGCAAGACCGGCGGCUAUGUCGUCUACUCGACGUGUUCGGUGACGGUGGAGGAAAAUGAGGCCGUCGUGCAGUAUGUGCUCAGGAAGCGGCCGAAUGUCAAGAUCGUCGAUACCGGGCUGGGCAGUUUCGGAUCCGAAGGGUUCAAGAGCUACAUGAACAAGAAGUUCGAUGACAAAAUGUCCCUGACCAGACGGUACUUUCCGCACCGCGAGAACGUGGAUGGCUUUUUCGUCUGUAAGUUGAAGAAGAUCGGGCCGACGCCCAAGAAUGCCGGGGGACAAGUGAACGGCGCCGAGCCGUCAGAGCCAAAAGCUAACGGCGUUGCGAAUGGCGCCAAGGGUUCCACCGAUGGUCUGGAGGAGGGAGAAGACCAGCAAGCAGAUGAUUUCGGCGGGUUUGAUGAAGAGGAAGACAAGGAGAUCAUCGAGCGCGCCGAGAAGAAGUGGUUGAAGGCUCGAGGGCUGGAUCCUCGAGUCGCCGAUCGCAAAAAGGCGGGUGGAGCACAGAAGGAAGCCAAGAAGGAGAAUGGUGUCGACAAGAAGCCUAAUGGAGUGGACAAAAAGGAGAAGAAGGACAAGAAGGAGAAGUCGGAUAAGAAGGCCCGUAGUAGUGGCAAGACGAAAAAUUGA